AUGUCACUUCAAAAAACAGAAAGGUUUGAUGGGAUUGAUAUCAAAGAAGAGAUGACAGACGACCAACAAGUUAACACUACUUAUACUUCAACCUGGUCAGUAUGCAAUUGUAAAUGUGAGGAAGACGACAGAAGUAGCAAUCUGAAAGCUGAAGCCGUGCUAUGUAAUCAGUUUAAAGCUAGUUCACAACACUUCAACCAAGUAGGUGAAGCUGAAAAGAUUGAGGAUUUCAGGAUUUCCCGUGAUGUUCCGGCUAAAGAUGAACUUUUGGACUAUAAAGAACUUUGGUGUGAUAACUGUAAUCUUGCGAUAACACCAUCGAAUGUAAGACCUGCAAAAAGAAAGUCUUCUUUUCCUAUACCUACCGAGUCUGAUUUUGGUAUUCAGGCUGAAACUCUAUCUAUUGGAGAAACCUUUCCGUCUGGGAAUAAACAUAAGUUCAAAAAACAGAAACAAACACACACCGGAGAGAAACCUUAUUCUUGCAGUUUGUGUGAUUACAAAGCGAGUCAAUCGAGCACUCUUGCUCGUCACAAACUGACACACACCGGGGAGAAACCUUAUUCUUGCAGUUUGUGUGAUUAUAAAUCAAAUCGAUUGAGCAAUCUCGCUUCUCACAAACGGACACACACAGGAAAGAAACCUUAUUCUUGUAGUUUAUGUGAUUAUAAAUCAAAUCAAUCGGGCAAUCUUGCUAUUCACAAACUAAAACACUCUGGGAAGAAACCAUAUUCCUGCAGUUUUUGUGAUUAUAAAUCGUAUCGAUCGAGCGAUCUUGCUCGUCACAAACGGACACACACCGGGGAGAAACCUUAUUCUUGCAGUUUGUGUGAUUACAAAUCGAGUCGAUCGAGCACUCUUGCUAAUCACGAACUGACACACACAGGAGAGAAACCCUAUUCUUGCAGUUUGUGUGAUUAUAAAUCCUAUCGAUUGAGCGAUCUUGCUUCUCACAACCGGAUACAAACCGGGGAAAAACCUUAUUCUUGCAGUUUGUGUGAUUACAAUGCGAGUCGAUCGAGCAAUCUUGCUCGUCACAAACGGACACACACCGGGGAGAAACCUUAUUCUUGCAGUUUGUGUGAUUUUAAAUCGAAGCAAUCAAGUGAUCUUGCUCGUCACGAACUGACACACACUGGAGAGAAACCUUAUUCUUGCAGUUUGUGUCAAUAUAAAUCAAAUCAAUCGGGCAAUCUUGCUAAACACAAACUGACACACAAGGAAUUCAGGAUUCAGGUGCAAGAAUUUUGCUAGUUAAUACAUUAAAACAUUAUAUAAUAUAGUAUAUAAUGAAAAUAUAUUUGAAUGAUAUUGCAAACUUUAGAUUGUACUCCGUUUUUUGGUUAAUUUUGCUAACUACAAUUUGUGGCUUCAUUAUAACAUAUUUUAUUUAAUAAUUUGAUGAUUAAAAUUAGUUACCAAUUAUAAUACACUAGAAACUCGCUAGUUGAAAGAUUUGUUCAAGGAAAUCUUAAAAAUCAGUUAUGUUUAGUUUCUCUUUAUCAUCUAUCUCUGUACUACUACUAUGGAAAGUAGGGAUUUUAUUUGGCAAUGACAAAAACGUUGACUUUUGAUAAAAGCCUAAAUUGAACAUUUUUUAUCAGAUUUUGAAAAUCUUGGACCACUAAAAAUUGUCAAAAACUGAGGUUUUCAUUCUGCCAC